UCGCUCUUAGGUUUCUCUCUGUUUACAACUUAUUCUGGACCAGCCUUUCUUUACGUUGCGGGCAAUCGAGCUUUACAUUACGUUUGACGAAGCAUAUUUUAUAUCUGACAAAAUCAAAAGGAAUCCGUUGAAUUUCAAAUUAGAAAAAUGGUCCAAAAGAAGCCAAAGAAGAAAGUAGGAAAGAAAGUAGCGGCUGCGCCUUUGGCAGUCAAGAAAGUUGAGCCAAAGAAGGUGACAAACCCCCUCUUUGAAAAAAGGAGCAGAAAUUUCGGAAUUGGGCAGGAUAUUCAACCAGCUCGUGAUCUCAGCAGAUUUGUUAGGUGGCCUAAAUAUAUCCGGAUCCAGAGGCAAAGGGCCGUAUUACAAAAAAGAUUGAAGGUACCGCCUACCAUCAAUCAAUUUAUGGAGACACUUGACAAGCAAACGGCCACACAGUUGUUCAAAGUACUAGAAAAGUAUAGGCCAGAAACUGCGACUAUGAAGAAGGCUCGACUAAAGGCAAGAGCCGAACAAAAAAUCGCAAAAAAGGAAGAUACGCCAACAAAAAGACCAAAUGUUAUUCGUAGUGGAACCAAUACAGUGACCACAUUGGUGGAGCAAAAGAAGGCUCAGUUGGUUGUCAUUGCGCAUGAUGUUGAUCCUAUUGAGAUUAUAUUAUUCCUCCCUGCCUUGUGUCGUAAGAUGGGUGUCCCAUAUUGCAUCAUCAAAGGCAAAGCACGUUUGGGACGUUUAGUGCGACGUAAGACUUGCACAGCAAUUGCCCUUACUCAGGUGGAUUCUGGUGAUAGGGCCAACUUUGCAAAGAUCAUAGAAGCCAUAAAGACAAACUUCAAUGACAGAUAUGAUGAAAUCAGGCGUCAUUGGGGCGGUGGUAUAUUGGGAAGUAAAUCUGCAGCAAGGAUAGCCAAAUUAGAAAAAGCUAAGGCUAAGGAACUUGCCCAGAAACAAGGUUAAUAUUAUCACCUGUGUCUUCUGCAGAUUAUCAUAAACAAUACAGAAUAAAACAUUUAUAUCUAUA